CUCAUAAAUCUCUCCAUCUGUCUUUCUCCCAUCUUUCAUCUGCAAAGGGUUUCAGAAAAUCUCUCUCUCUCUCUCUCUCUCUCUCUCCCGCAAUCAAUGGAGAAACAGCUCCAAAACCACAUGAACCUCUCUCUCCUCCUAAUUCUCCUCUUCUCCUCUCUUCAACCCAUCUCAUCAGCUUUCACUCCUUCAACUAACUACCUCAUCCUCUGUGGCUCCAACAACAGCACACAAAUCGACGGCCGAGAUUUUACCGUCGAUUCCAAUUCUAAUUCAGUCCUCCUCUCAGACUCAAAGAUCUCAAUCGAAGAUCCAAACCCAUCUCCAAAUUCAUCUCCUCUCUAUCACACCGCAAGAAUCUUCACAAAAGCUUCUUCCUACGAAUUCAACAUCGAAAACAAAGGCCACCAUCUGGUACGCUUACAUUUCUACCCUUUCUUCCAUCAGAAAUACAAUCUCAGCUCUGCCAUUUUCGAUGUUUCCGCUAUUGGGUUUACUCUGUUGAAAGAUUUCAGCAUCCCGAACAAAACCCAUGUCCUGAAAGAGUAUAUAAUCAACAUCGACACAUCAAAGCUUGUAAUUUCACUCAUCCCUUCAGGCAAUUCUACAUUGCCGAUGGCCUUUGUCAAUGCCAUCGAAGUUUUCACUGUCCCCAAUGAUCUGAUCAGCGAUUCUGCAAAGCUAAUACCUCCAACCAAGCGCAACAUGUUCGAAGGUUUGUCUAAGCAAGGAUUAGAAACCGUUCAUCGAAUUAAUGUAGGCGGGCCUAACAUCUCACCCUUUAAUGAUACUCUGUGGAGAAAUUGGAUCCCAGAUGAUGGGUAUCUUCUAUUGAAUUCUGCUGCCAUGGCCACCAAUUACAGCGGCCCGAUUAAGUACCCAAGUAUUGGUUUGAGCCGUGAGAUCGCUCCCGAAUACGUCUACAACACCGCUCGUGAGAUGAAUAAGCUCAACAUGGUGACCCCAAAUUUCAAUAUCACUUGGAAUUUCCAGGUGACUGUUGGAUUCCAGUACCUUGUCCGGAUGCAUUUCUGCGACAUCGUUAGUCCUGUAGCUGAUCAGCUGUACUUCAAUGUCUAUAUCCAUAAUUCAUUCGCGUAUGAAGAUCUUCAUCCCUUUGAUCUCACCUCCCGCACGCUCGCGGCCCCUUUCUACCAAGACUUCGUGGCAAGUCCAGACAGUUUGGGAGUUAUUCGCAUAAGCGUCGGCCCUUCGAGAAUGAGUAGUUCUGGAAAAAUCAAUGCUAUAUUGAAUGGAUUGGAGAUCCUGAAGAUAAGCAAUUCAGCAGGUAGCUUGGAUGGAAGCGUUUCAGGUAAUUCAAAUUCGGGAAGUGGGCGUAAGCAUAUUUCAGUCGGCGUUGUCGUUGGUUCAGUCAUUGGUGGUGUUGUGAUCAUCAGCUUGUUGGCUGCUGUGUUUUUAGUGGUGAUCAAACGCCGGAAGGUGCAGAAGAAACCAAAGGAAACAGGGGCCGUGUGGUCAUCUUCACAGAUGGGGGCGAAUUCGAUCAGCGGUGGAAGUAGAUUGACAGAUGGAGGGACUGUGUCCCCUUCGUUUAACAUAAACCUUGGAUUACAGAUCUCUUUCACGGACAUUAAGCUGGCAACUAACAACUUCGAUGAUAAUUCUGUUAUUGGGGCAGGCGGAUUCGGCAAGGUCUAUAAAGGGGUGCUCCGAGACGGGACGAGAGUCGCAGUGAAACGAGGUGGGAUGCCAGGGUCCAAGCAGGGCUUCCCAGAAUUCCAAACUGAAAUUAUGCUCCUAUCGAGUAUCCGCCACCGGCAUCUUGUAUCACUGAUUGGGUAUUGUGAAGAACAGUCAGAAAUGAUAUUGGUUUAUGAGUUCAUGGAGAAUGGUCCACUGAAGAAACAUCUAUACGGCUCGAAUUUGCCCUGUUUGUCUUUUAAGCAGAGGCUUGAGAUCUGCAUUGGUGCUGCGAGGGGCCUACACUACCUUCACACAGGCUGGUCGCAGGGGAUCAUACACCGGGACGUGAAAUCAUCGAACAUCUUGCUCAGUGAGGAUUACGUGGCUAAGGUGGCUGAUUUCGGGCUGUCAAAGCUGGGGCCUUCCUUUGACGAGACCCAUGUAAGCACUGCUGUGAAAGGCAGCUUUGGGUAUCUUGAUCCAGAGUAUUUUAGGCGGAAUCAGCUGACCGACAAGUCCGAUGUGUAUUCAUUCGGCGUCGUGCUUCUUGAAGUCCUCUGUGCACGACCUGUCAUAGAUCCCUCACUUUCAAGGGAGAAUUUAGCAGAGUGGGCCUUGCUUAAGCACAAGAAGGGGUUGCUAGAGGAGAUCAUCGACCCGAGGAUUGCCGAUCAGGUCAAUUCAAAUUCUCUAAGGAAGUAUUGGGAGACAGUGGAGAGAUGUCUGGCUGAAUAUGGUGUGGACAGGCCGGCAAUUGGCGAUGUCCUGUGGAACUUAGAAUAUGUACUGAAACUCCAAGAGACUGGAUUGCAGAGAGAAGCAUAUGAAGAUAGCAGCAGCCAAGCAACAGAUAUACCACUGCCAACCGUUCGACGAGUGCCUUCUACCACUAUCAGAGUCGAUGAAGAUGAGACGACCCCAAUGGACAGCGAUCGGUCGGAGGUUACCACAAGCAAGGUUUUCUCACAGUUGAUGACCCAUGAGGGUAGAUGAUCCACAGAUCAUUGUGAAGAGAGCUGCUGUUAUGCAGCUUCUUCUCUCUGCAGCACGUCUCAUAUGUGUGUUGAUCAAAACUGUUGAUCUGGUGGGGCACUGAACGGACAGGCCAACGAGAUUGGGCUAUGGUGACGCUGGGUUGAAUGGCUCAAAAGUAAUGGUUAGAGCAAUGGCCCACAUUCAACUAGCAAAAUGCACGACGGCUGGAUAGCUAGAGUCGUCCAAUCACUUUGGUUUUUAGCCUAUAGCCAAUCCAUGUGGUGACCCACCAGAUCAACAGGCCCAGUUACCUUAUGAGGAGGGCCGCAUAAUAGCAUUUCUGUAUUUUGUGAUUGUAUAAGCACAUAUAGAUGAACUUUCAUGUGUUGAUUUGAUUUACUAAAGUAUAAAAUUUGUAAGCUUUGGUGUGAUGAUAAGCAUAGAUGAGUUUUGGACA